UCUGUAAGCCAGGAUUAUCGUGUGAUGUGAACAAACAGGACGUGCUCCGGGUCUCUCGAACAGUGUCUCUAUGGACUCAUUAUAAUAAGAACUAUAGCUUGUACUCCCGUUAUAGGUAAUGAGAUGGAGGGAGGAAAAGGAUAGUGACCAUUGUCAGGACCUCUAAAACACGUCACUGGCAUGUGAAGCGUAAUGCUGAAAAGAAGACGUUUUUGAGUAAAUGGAUCCCAGUAAUGGAAUUUCGAAUGGAACAUGAACAAAAAUGAUGAUGUGUAUUUUGAGAAAACUAAUACAGCAUACUGCAAGAAAUUUGAAGCCUCUGCUUUGUUUAUAAAUUUGGUAAAAUGCGCACGAAAGUUUCAUGCCAUGACAUGUAUUGAAUGUAUCAUAAGAUUUGAGGAGGAAAUCACAUUUAACAUUUCUCUAGAAUUCUUAUAUUGAAUCUUUUGUCUUACUGUAACUGUCAACAUGUGAAAGUAAAGAAGAAAUCACGAAUAAUGAUAUAUUGCUCAGGAAUUAUAGUUCUAAUUAAAACUGCAAGUAUGUCAUAUUUGUUAGUGUCUUUUAGCUCCGGAAACUGCUAUAAUACUCAGAAAUGUAAAUCACGUGAUCAAAAUAAUAUUUUAUUGCCAUUUUCAGAACAUCAAUAACUGAAGCAAACAAAAUUCAUGCAAUGGAGAGACGUUUGAUGCUCCAGAAACGUGUAUGAAAUUAUCAACAAUUACUUAACGGUCAAGAUGCUAUGAAACAGUUAUUCCCUAAAUAUAUUUCUUAAAUUAAUGGAUAUUCCCUUAUUCCUUUCUUUCUCAGGGGAAAUGUAAAGUACAGUAAAUUUUGUGAAGUUGUUUAGUGUUCGAAAAGUUAUCAACAAAAUGAGACUAAUUAAUUACGAUUUUUUAUAGUUCAAUACUAUUCAAAAAAUAAAUAUUUCAGGAUGCUAUAUGAUGAGAAUUUCUAUCUCAGAGUUUCAGAAAAUUUUAGAACAUUUAACAUCGUCUUGAUCUAAGUAUUUUCUAGCCAAAUAUUAGAAUUUGAAAUAACCAUGGCAGUGAACAUUAUUGAUAAUUCUCUACUACUUGACUCUUUCAAUUCAUCCAAUAUCCAUCUCGACCAGACUCUUCAAUUUUCGGAAGAUUUCAACUUGAGCAUUAUAUCCACCAACAUUUCCAACAUCACUGAUUACCAUGCAUCUUAUUCACCAACAGAGAAAGUUUUCUGGGCUUUGCUACUUAUCCCGCUGCCUCUUGUCGCUGUGGUUGGUAAUAUUCUUGUGAUAUUAAGUGUUUAUCGAGAGAAAAGUUUGCAGACGGUUACCAAUUAUUUCAUCGUCAGCCUUGCAUUUGCUGAUCUACUUGUGGCUGCCGUCGUUAUGCCGUUCGCCGUCUACGUCCUGGUGAAUGUGGACUGGGAACUGAGUGACACUCUCUGCGACUUUUACAUUGCAGUGGACGUAACAUGCAGCACGGCUUCAAUUUUCAACCUCGUUGCUAUCAGCAUCGACAG